AUGGGGGCCUUGGAUGGUGAGCAAAAACAAUUGAUCACGAAGUUGGUCAACUUUCGUAUGAAAGAAGGUAAAAGAAUAAGAGUUCGUGCUAUUGUUUAUCAAACUUUUCAUCACCCAGCCCGAACUGAACAAGAUGUAAUCAAACUUAUGGUUGACGCCCUAGAGAAUAUAAAGCCUAUAUGUGAAGUGGAAAAAGUAGGAAUAGUAGGUAUUAUUUAUGAUGUCCUUGGGAUUGUAGCCAGGGAUCGUCAACAAACCUUAGCUAUUCGUUGGAUCCUUGAAGCAGCUUUUAAACGACGUAUAAGCUACAGGAUAAGCUUAGAGAAAUGUUUAUUUGCUGAGAUACUGGAUGCUUACCAAAAGAGGGGAAUUGCACGUAAGAAAAGGGAGAAUUUUCAUGUACUGGCUUCCAAAAAUCGAAGUUUCGCGCAUUUCAGAUGGUGGUAA